CGUCCGCACAGCGGCUCGGGGAGCGGCCAUGGCGCAGCAGCCGGGCCGGAGGCAGGAGCGCGCAGGUGACGUGGAUGCCCCGGACCCGGAGGAAGAAGAGGAGGAGGAUGUGGGGAACGUGGGCUCCGUGGAAGAGGAUGAGAAAGAGCUGGACCUGACGGACCAGGAGAUGGAAGACCUGAGGGCCCAGCUGCUGCAGCUGCUGGAGGAGCUGGAGGAGACGCGGGAGCUGGCAGUGAAGCACGAGGACGACUCGCUGGAGCUACAGGGCUUGUUGGAGGACGAGCGACUGGCCAGCGCCCGGCAGGCCGAGAUCUUCACCAAACAGAUCCAGAGGCUUCAAGCUCAGAUGCGCACGCUGAAGGAUGAGUUCAGCUCCCUGCAGGAGACGAAGGCGUCGGAGCUGGAGCAGGUGGAGCGGGAACUGCAGGAGGCCAACGAAGAGAUCCAUGGCCUGCAGCUGGAGGCGGAGGAGGUGGCGGCCAUCCACGAGAACGAGAUCGCCGCCCUGCAGGAGCAGCUGUGCCGGCUGCAAGCCGAGCUGCAGCGCGUCCAGCAGGUCCGUGAGGAGUACGAGACGGAGCUCACCACCCUGCGCGCCGAGAUCACGAUGAAGGGCAGCGGCCAGGCCCGGGCCGAGGGUCGCGCUGACGAGGUGGCUAUGCUCCAAGAGGAGCUGCUGGCCCUGCGGGAGCAGUACCGGGACCUGAUGGAGGAGUACCAGACCCUGCAAGAGAGCAACAAGAUCAUGGUGCACCAGCUGGAGAACCUGGAAGCCCAGAAGUACAGAUCCAGGAGCAGGUCGGAAGAGUCUCGCAAGUCGACGGAGUCGGACUUGACCCAUUCUCCGGUGCGCCGGACCCUCUCUCCCCGGCGCGCCGGCCCCCGCCUGAGCGGCAGCGUCUCCUUCAAGACGGUGGACGACAUAAGAACCAUCAGCACCCCCAGCUGCAAGAAGGACCCCCCGAGCCAGGCCGAGGAGACCGACUCCGAGCUGAGCCUGCGCUUCCAGCUGCAGAGUGAGGAGGAGAAGGUGCAUCUGGCCCAGAGCAAGUGUGACAACAUGCAGACCGAGCUGCGGGAGCUGCAGCGGCAGUACCAGGCCAUCCAGCGGGAGCGCCAGCAGCUGCAGGAGGAGCUGAAGCUGUGCCGGGCGGAAAUCCAGAGACUCAAAGGCACCGUGCCCGCUGACGGGCGGGUCCCGGCCGGGGGGCUGAAGCCCGUCAUCCUCUUUGCAGUAGCUGCAGCCGUCUUGCUGCUGUACCCCUGCCUGAAGCGGUCCUGCGCCAGCGCCGUGCCAGCCUGAGGAGCGCCGCGCCCGGGCCAUGCCACGCACGCACGCCAGAUCCGCACACAGGCCCCCCGCCCCCCACAGCCUGCUCCAGCCCCCCCCCAGCACACGGAGAUCACCCCCCACCCCCGGUCAGUCACACCAUGGCAGCAUCUGCCCCCACGUUACUGGCUCUCUCCAUCCUUCGGGGCUCAGGGUCAGGGACGCUGGAUCUGUGGGGCAGGGGAGGGAGACUGGAGGAUGCUGCUCUGGUGGGUGCAUGGAUGGGGGGGGCAGCUGGGAUAGGGAGCGGGUGGGCUGCAGGUUGCGUGGGAGAGUGAGGGGCUCCCUGAAAGCAGCCUCAGCCAUCCCUGGGGCCCCCGGCUCUGGGCUGGGUCCGGUCCCAUUGGAUCAUAGCGCCAGCUUGUGUGGGGGUGGUACGAGGGAUCCCUGCCAUCGACUCCCCAAACGGA